AUGGCCAGAGGUCGCCCUAGAGCCCAACAACCGCAACCCAUUCCACCCCCCGCCGACUCUGUAGAUGCCGACAUCAAAGCGGAGCUGGAACGGCUCGAGGUCGAAGCCGAGUUAGACUCACUCGACCGAGAAUUCGAAGAAGACCGCCGCGCAACUCUCCGGGCGUUCACCACACCCGUGACUCAGUACCGUCUUUGGUUUACCAACCCCCGCAAUCUCGAGGUUGAGGUCGAUGAGGAGGAGGAUGGGGGGGAGGAGGAGGAGGAGGAGGAAAGCGAUGACGAAAACGACGAGCGUUCGCCGCAUAGCACUAGUCAGCGCACCUUGGAAGAACGGCUCAGGCGGGAACUUGAAUACAUAGAUGAUCUGCUCGAACAGGACGAGGAUGCCGACCAGGAGAAUUUGUCGGUGCCGCGCGAACAGUGGAGGGCGACAGACUUCGUCGAGGAAGACAUGGUGUACGCGACCAUCGACGUGCUCGUCUUGGACGCCCUAUGCCACCUGCAAACCGUGGAGAGGAACAGCACGCUGAGGCAGUACACCUCGUGGAUCUAUCACUACAAGAGGUGGGCGGCGAAGAUGUUGAGGCAAAUUCGCAACAAGCUUCCACAGGAGUACAGGCUUAAGCACGUCGACGAGAUAGGGCACUACAUCCGGGACAACAAGAAGAAAAACUGGGACCAAGAGGCCGAUGUCCCCCGGUCGUACGUGUGGCUGCACGGCCCUAGGGUCACCAAGUCCCGGCUUCGCGCAUACGUGAAGUACAUGGUUCGGGAGUUGAAUCUCGAUGCCGAGUCCAGCAAGGAGGGCGACAACGCCACAGGAACACAGCCUGUGCAAUCUACAACGGUGCACACGCUCCUCGGCCGCAUAAAGGCAUGCCAGAUGGCGGCGAGAGUGGAGACGACGAUAUACCGGGAGACGGAGCUGAGCAUCAUGCGAGAGAUAUCGGUGGUCAGGUCGGAGGUGCGGUUCAUGAUCCGCACCAAGAACGAGCGGGACAUCAAGAACUGCACCGAUCGGCGUCGCGGAACAAUCGGCGAUACCUACACCGCCGAGCAGUUCCGCCAGAUCAUGUUCAGGGUGCUGCCGACGUGGGCGGCCAAGGCGUGGAACCCGCGGGGUACGGGCCCGUCGCAGACGCUAUGGCGGUUUCUGCUGUUGAAGGUGCUCACGCUACUCUCCCACCACUCUCUUCUGCGCGGUGCAAGCAUCCGCGAGAUCACGCUCCCCGACAUAUUCUUGUACCGACUGGCGAGCACCUCGUCGGUGAACCCGGAGAACCAGCCGGUCGUCAUGGUCAUCGCUGCGCGGAACUCGAAAACGUCCAAGGAUGCGCGUCUGCAGCAGAGCUACGCUGCGCGGCACCUCGAAGCGGAGUUGUGCGCCGUCGGCGAGACGGGCCUGUGGUUGCACUUCAUCCUCGACCAGAUCGGCCAGUUUCACGGCGUCCGCCUCAUUCCGCCGGUGGACACCAGCACACGCGCGAGCUGGUACAAGAAGCACCUCUUCUUCGCCAAAAACGACACCGACCAAGGAGAGCUCUCUGCGGCAAGCCACCAACGCUGGACGCGGCAGUUGUGGGACAAAAACGGGGUCUUCUGCAAGAGGAACGUGCACGCCGCUCGAACCGGAGGGGCCCAGGAGCUGGCCAUCGACGGCACGCCGCGCGCCGAGAUCACGGAGCUGGGUCACUGGGCGCUCGACAAGAUGACGCGAGCGUACAUCACCGCCAUUCCGGUGGGGGUGGUGAUGAAGAAGGCCGGUUACUCUGGUUACAAGCAGGACUACUUCUUGGGCCGGAGCAGGGUGGAGCCCUCCGAUAAGCUCUUGAAGCUCCUCGCCGAGCACAUCUUCCCCGGCGUCGACGACAUGCUGAAGACGGAAAUCUCUGUCCGCAUGGACACCGAGUACUACAACAUAUCCCUCAAGGCGAAGCUGACGAAGGAGAUAGAGCGUGCCGCGAACGAGAAGAUUGACUUCCUGGAGGAGCUCGAGAAGCGCGACGACACCAUCGCGUCUCUCACCGCCGAGAUAACCCGUCUCACCAAGGCACUCCGUGUGUCAGAAGCACGGAGAGUGCCGGAGGCCCCGCCGUGUGCUACCGCGCAAGCUCCCAGCGAGGGUGGCUCGGCGGAUUCGGCCAACAUGGGAGCCGGCGCCGACGGAGGGGACGACAAACCCCCGCCACCCCCACAGACGCACAAGGAGGCUAGUUACGAGCUCAACGUGGUACAACCGUGGCGGGAGGCCAAGACCGUGAGGGACGCCUGGCGCCUCUGGAACUCCGCCACCGCUAAUGACACCCGUCGGCUUUGCGACAGGAUCGCCGAGCCGGGGUUCAUCGACCGCCAUACCCUCCUCGCCGGCGCUACGCAGGGUGCACUCAACAAGAGGGUGCGCCGCAUGCUGAAGGUCAUGGAUGCGGUGCGCCAGCUACGCACGAGCGACGGCGAUGCCGACACCGAGGCCGUGGUCGACACACUGCACAGGAUCGCGGCAUCGGGCAUCGGGACCUUCGCCGAUGCCCUCACGGUGCUCAAACCGGGAACGGCACCGAUGUUGUCCAAAGAGCCUGGUUUGGGAGUCAAGGGGCUGGGCCCCAAGGUGGUCUCGAAGCUACGCCUUGCCUGUGCGCUUGUGGCGCUCAACCUGAAGCAGAGUGAUUGGGUCGAAACCCUGUUUCCAAACACGUGGGAGGAGCAGAUGCCGAAGACCAAGGCCGACCUGGCGAAGCCGACGGCCCCGGCCAAGUCGACAGCACCGGCCAAGCCGACCGCUCCGGUGCACCGUCCUCCGACCAAGCGCAAGAAGUCGGCAUGA